GCUCCGUUCGGAAGAUCGCACACGAGGCUCUCUCUCUCUCUUUCUCUCUCUCUCUCUCCUUCUUUUUCUCCCUUCCCUUUUAUCGCUCUGUCUUUCUCUCUCUGUCUAUCGGUUCCCAGUGUGUCGUGCAUGUUCCUCGGUGUGUUCACGGUUGUUUCACGAGCGAGAAGCAUUCGCCGGGAAGCCGAGCCGCGCGAUUACACGCGAUAAUGAUUCAGUGUCUGUCUCUCUGUGUGCCUCUCUCUGUGCGUGACAAAAAGUUGUAGCAGCAACGUGAGAGUUCGACGAAGAAAAUCCUAUUGGGAUAAUAUAAAGGAGAACGCGAUACGAUCGCUGCGUGAUCCACAACAAGACGCAGAAGUUAUCGAAAGAUCGCCCGACAAGUAAGUACGCCGGAUAGCGCGCCAGCAGGCUUAGGCAGCCCACAGACUGGAAUAGGCGGGCUCCAACAGCAUCAGCAACAACCGCAACAGCAAUCGCAACAAACGCUUCAUCAGCCGGAUCCCAUGCAGCAAUCCAAGGACAAUUUGAAUCCGGCGGCGAACCAGCAAACCGGGGCACUUAGGAACGGAAAUCCUCCGCCUCCUGUCGUUUCUAUAUCACCCGGAGUGAUGCCAUUCUACGGUGAUUCUGGCGCCGGCUUCCGACCAGCAGCUGGCUUUGGGAAUACUGUUUGGCACCAGGGAGUUGCUCCCGUGGGGGCAGUUGCGGUUGAAACGUCAGCAGCUCCAUGGCCACCUCAGCAGUUCAUUCAACAAAUUCCGGCUCCGAAUCAGCUCGAAGAGCUGAGGUAUCAUACCCAAUAUUCCGCCGCCGCGCCGUACCAUCCACAACCAGUCGCAUAUCAACAACAGACUUUCAUUACUACGGAUCAGUCGGCAUUUCAACGUGCCGGGGCGACGGGACAAUACACAAUCACGGGGCAACCCUCGCCCUUACCACCAGUCGCCCCGCAAACCGUACCAUCGACAACUCAGAGGCCACUAAACGGUCAAUUCAUGGAUCCUGCUGCUACUGCAACCCAAUCAGUUGGUUAUGAAAGGCAGGAUUACGUCAAUGGUUACCAACAACAGGACGUGACGAUGGCACCGCCGCCUUCAACCACUCCCACGAGUCGUAGCAGUUCCGUACACAUGGACAACCAGCAACAACAGCAGGCCUCCCAGCAACCACAGUCGCAACCGCAACAACCGCCGACAGAUACGCAGGUGAAGGGAUUCGCGACGAUCACGGCCAGUAACGUGUCGGGAAACGAGAUGCCUGGGUAUCCACUUCAACCGGGCCCACAGAGUUUACACAACUCUAACGGAUAUCCAGGCUACGUGGAAAUGGGUCAGCAACAAGUACAGAACCAGUGGCAGCCGCAGCAAGUUGCCCAGCAACAACAUCAGCAACAGCACUUGCAACGGCAGCAUUCGGUACCUGACGGCCAACGCCAUUUAUGGUCCGACACCAGUACGAAGAUGAACAGCAAUAUGAACUGGUCGGAUGGAACGUUGCAACAGCAUCAGCAACAACAGAAACCCCCUUCGCAGCAGCAGCAGCAACAGCAGCAACAACAACAACAACAACAACAACCACCGAGUAUGCAGGCUAACAGCAUGAAGGGGCAAGAGUCACAGCAAAGUAUGCAGAUGCAGGGACAGCAAGAGCUACCUCGGCCAGCUAGUCAUAUGAGCUGGGAAAAUGGUAGCGUGAAAGAAACCCCGCAUACUCCACAAUCGUGGACAGACAAUACGGACAAUAGUCAGCAGCAACAAACUCAGGGAAAUUGGUCGCGACAGAGUCCAAAGCUGAGGGACGCGCAGAAUCCAAGAUUGACACCAUCUAGUCAACAACAACAGCACCAGCACCAAGGCUGGCUACAGCAUUCGCCCAAGUUGUCGGAUCAUCAGCAGAAUCCGUCUCACCAGAACGCCCGGAUGACGCCCUCCGGUCAACACAAUUGGCAGCAAAGUAGCCCAGAGAUGCAACAAAACUCGAGCCAACAGAAUCCAAGGCUGACACCGUCUGGCCAACAAAUGUCACAGCCCGGAGCGCAGUCCCAGCAGCAGCAACAACAGCAGCAGCAACAGCAGCAGCAACAACAACAACAACAACAACAGCAACAACAAUGGUCGCAACAGACGAAGCUCGAGAAGAAUCCCAGACUUACUCCGUCUAAUCAGAUGUCCUGGCCAGACACGCCAACUAGUCAACCGAAUUGGUCCCCGAAUAGUAUAAAGAGCGAUAGUAGUCAGCAACCCCAACAACAAUGGCCAGAUUCACAGCCUAGUCCGAGGAGAACGCCUGGCCAUCAACCGGGCUCGUGGCAACCUCAACCACCGACGCAAGAGAGCAAAAUGGAGAAUCAGAUAUCCUGGUCGCCGAACUCGGUGAUCGAGAAUCAACCUACUUGGGGCCAACAAACCACGAAACAGGAUAUGCAGAAUUCCGGAGAAAGAGUGCUUUGGCAGCAACAAGCGACAGACGCCGGGAAACCGAACGGAUUCUCGGAUAAUCAAGAUGCUCAGGAGAGUAACGUAUUUGCUCAAUCGAAUCGCGUGAAUUUGAAUAGCCGACUGAAAUCCAUGAUCCUGAACAAGCAGCAACAACAACAGCAACAGCAACAGCAGCAACAGUUGCAGCAUCAGCAUCAACAGCUUCAACAGCAGCAGCAAUCGCAACAGCAGUCUCAACAUCAAAUAGGCCAUCAAGAACAACAGCAACACCACGGCAUGCAUCAUCAAAUGCAGUCUCAGCACGUGAACAGCAAUAGUGGGUCUAACGGCGAGUAUCACACGGAAGAUCGGAUACGAGACACGCAUGAUAGUACGGACAAAUUGCAAGAGAAACAGACGGAUCAGUAUUUGAAUCAGUCGAACAUGAUCUCAAUGGCGCAAUCCAACGAAUCUCUGACCGGUAAUUUUUUAUUGCAUAGCCACCACCCUCGGGUCGAUAGUUUGCCCGACGGUGGUGGCUUAUGGGAAUGGUCAGGGGGAGGUAACAACGCGUUGAGCAACGGUACCGUGUUACCGGACAACGGGAUGACGGUUAUAGAGAGUUUUAUGAAAUUUGGUUCAGAAGACAAAACCGUGCUGGAGAAACAUCAGCAACACGAGCAGCAGCAGCAGCAGCAUCAACAGCAACAACAACAACAAUCAUCACUCUAUCAUCAACAAUCGCAACAGGAACACGAGCAUCGACAAUUAUGGAAGGAAGAAAAUAGGAGCCACGACAAUCAGUGCACCGAUGAUAAAUCAUUUCAGAGAAGAUUAUGCAUAGAUCAGCAGAUUCACGAAAGAACGUUCGAACCGUGUAGCAACAGCGCGAACAUCGAGAAGAACGAGACGGAGAACGAUGUUACUUUUCCAGAAACGCCUCGAGUCGCAUUGAUGAACGAGAACGAUACCACUAAUUAUCCAGAGAGUAGCGAAAAAGUAGCGUCUACCGAGCUGGAGAACAAUACUAAUUGCGACUCCUCUCAGAGUAUUAAGCAAGAGAACGUCGGGGAGUACGGGUGCUCCAGUUCUGACUGCGUCCCAUCCUCAACAGCUACAUCGAGGAACGAUGAUUGCCCUUCAAAGGCGAUCAAGAGCGAGCCGGAUCAAAAAUCGCAGGAAGGCAAUAAUUACAAGUUUCGAGGGGAUGGCGGGCCCGCCAAAGUGUCGCCGGGUGUUGGUUCAUGGUGUUGUCGAAGAGGCGGUACCGAGCAACCGACCCCCGAACACUUGCGGGAGGGUUGUUGCCAGGGCUUGCAAACAAGGGACGAGAUAUUGGCCGACGCGGCAGACAAGUCCGACGUAAAGAACGAAGGUCCACAGAGCCCCCGUAACGGUGGUGCUCCAUCGACAACAAAAUUGCAAGAUCAUUUGGAGAAACUGAAGAAUAAUGUGAGGAGCGAAGUACCGGACUGCAACUGCUUUCCAGCCGACAAAUGUCCGCCAGAGCCCGGUUCGUACUACACUCAUCUCGGGGCGGCUGCAAGCCUGCCUGACCUACGGAACGAUCUUGAAAGAAGAACCGGCCUUAAGGGAAACGCCAUUAGAUUCGAAAAGGUCAUCUACACCGGAAAGGAGGGCAAAACUACUCAGGGAUGUCCGAUGGCUAAGUGGAUACUUCGACGAUCUGGUCUGGAAGAGAAGAUCCUGACCAUAGUGAAACACCGGCAAGGACACAAAUGUCCAACAGCCUGGAUCGUCGUUGCCAUGGUCGCCUGGGAAGGUGUGCCCACGCACGAGGCCGAUCGGAUAUAUUCCUUAUUGAGUCACAAGCUGAAUCGAUUCGGUCUUCCCACGACCAGACGAUGUGGAACGAACGAGCCGAGAACCUGUGCCUGCCAGGGUCUCGAUCCUGAAACUUGCGGUGCAAGCUUUUCCUUUGGAUGUUCCUGGUCCAUGUAUUAUAAUGGUUGCAAAUACGCCAGAAGCAAAACCGUCCGAAAAUUUCGAUUGUCAGUAAGAUCAGAGGAGCAAGAAGUAGAAGAAAGAAUGCACGUCCUAGCAACACUUUUAUCACCCUUGUACCUAAGCCUUGCACCAGAAGCGUUCAACAAUCAAACACAAUUCGAGCGGGAAGCGAGCGAAUGUCGUUUAGGAUUUAAGCCCGGCCGACCAUUUUCCGGUGUUACAGCGUGUAUAGAUUUUUGUGCGCAUUCUCAUCGCGAUCUUCACAAUAUGAACAACGGAUGCACCGUGGUAGUCACUAUGACAAAACAUCGAACCUUAUCGAAACCUGAAGACGAACAAUUACACGUACUUCCUCUUUAUAUCAUGGAUACUACGGAUGAAUAUGGGUCAAAGGAGGGACAGGAUGAGAAGGUUCGCGCCGGAGCUGUAGAAGUUUUGACAAAAUAUCCCUGCGAAGUGAGAGUUCGAUCGGUUCCAUUGCAACCCUGUCGAAGGCACGGUAAGAAAAGGAAGGAAGACGAACCGGACACUAUUAGCAGCAAAAAGGACAGUUCCAAAAAUGUUAAUGAAAAGAUAGAGUCAGGACGCCAAAUACCAGGACACCAAGAGUUAAUCAGACCGCAAAUGAGGGACACCCAACUAUCCUUGGAAAUGGCGUCCAUGUUCGAAGGAAUGGACGCCCAAUUACAAAGCUCUCAAGUGUCCUCCACCGUUUUAGAUAGCCCAGUGUCCAUGUAUCCUCAAGGAUGGGGUUAUCAAAACGAACAGCAAUGGAGUAGAAACGGUUGGCUCGAUCAGCGAAAAAAUAAUUGGUUGAAUCCGUGGAGAGAGUAUUCGUUUGGUGGUCUCGACAGGGAUGCAAAAGUUGAUCCAGAUAGCACGAGCUUGGACGACAUCAGACCUAGAAGUACCGUUUCUCAAGAUGAGCAUCGACCAGGAUCGCGAAAUUUGCCCAAUUCCACAAUGGACUCGCCAAGAAAUUAUUAUUCACACUCACCAAGAGCUCAUCCAAUUUCACCAAGGAGCACUCAUACGGGAACACCAGGAGAUAUCGGUUAUUCGAUGUCUCCUAGAGGAUGUCCACCUACCCUUCAGGAUCAGAAAAACGCCUCGCCAAGAAGUUCUGGGUAUCCAGACACAGGUUACAGUCAUCCACUUCCCACUUCCAGAAGUUAUCCGAACAUGUACGACAGCAGACAGAGUAGCGCAUCUCCAAAAACAAAUUGUAUAAAUUUUCCAACUCAUUUAGAUCAAAGGAGCGCACUCAAUCGAACUAAUCAUCAUCAAUUGCACAAUAAUGUACGAAACGUUGGAGGAAGCUGCGAUCAAUCGAAAUUAUCAUACUCCAAACCUGCACAGGAUUCUAGUCAACAAAAGUACCCCACUACGCAGAAUUACUUAGAGGUUCAGAAAUCACAAAUCGAGCAACCGUUCAUGAACAGAAUACAAGGCCAUUAUCAUCCCUCUCACCAUGUACAAUCGAGUAGAAAUCUUCCGUACCAGGGGCACCAUGAGACAAAUAUGGACAUGUUUUCCAGCUUAUCGGUAUCCUCUUGCAUGAGCAAUACUAGUCAUAAGGAAUUCGGUACGACGAAUUCGGACUUGUUACUACACACCUCGUCUCAUCUUCCUUCGAGCAAUCCACCAAACGGUACUCAAAAUUUAGGUUCGAUAGAUCAAAGAAAAUAUCGUAUGUAUAAGAAUCACGAACAGAAGACACCAGGGAUAAAUCAGAUGUCACCAGCACCUUCCGAUCAAGUGGGUGGUUGGAACAUGCUUGGUUCCUGGUAUCCUGAUCAAAACAAAUCCUACGAUCAACAACAAGUCUACAACGAUCAAAUCAAUUCCGAAAGGAAUCACCAACAAUCCAUAGAUCAUCAAAAAACAUUCAAUUGGAACGACAGGGUACCACAUCCGGAUCAAUCGAAACCACCUUGUUGGGAAACACCCUCUGAUCCCUCUCCAUUUAGAGUGCCAAAGGGUAGACCGCCAUCAAGGACAGCCGCAGGCCAGAAUCCAAACACGGACAGUACAUAUCAAAAUUCUUCCAAUAGAACGUUUCUCAAGCCUCAGGAGCCGAUACGAAACGGUGUCUACGCGGACAGUCCGAGCAACAAUGCAAUACAAAAUAACGGAACGAUGCAUCAGAAUAACCAGAUACGAAGGUCAGAGUGGACGGAGGACAAGACAAGAGAGAAUUUCCACGAUCCUAGGCAAAACAUGGCGAAUCCAAACUCGAAUUGCUUCCCAUGGGCCGAGGAGAUGAAGCAGGUUCAAGACUUCCACGGAAUGCCAGGCUUGGGACAUCCUCACGCUUCCUUUCCCCAAUAUGGACUAUAUCCAACGUAUCCUGUCUUCGACAAACCUUAUUCCAACUCUUGGGAGGGCUACAAUUACCACCAACCUUAUCCCCAUCCCCAAACAUCAGAAUAUCCACCUCAAUUGUAUCAACAGCCAAAGAGAGAAACCUGCUUCCCUUCGCCCCAAUAUCCCUAUCAAGAGGUGCCUCCGUAUCAAAGUCUGAAUCCUGGCUGGGCAAGGUGGGACACUCCUCGAUGGGAUAUUUACGGACCACCAUCUUAUUUCCCGGUGUUACCAGAACCUCCGCCAAAGGCGGAACCACUCGGAGAAGUGGCCGAUUAUUCCGACAACGAAGAGUGCUUCAAAGAUUCGCAGAUGGGUGGAGUUGCCAUCGCGUUGAGCCAUGGUAGCGUGUUGUUCGAGUGCGCGAAACACGAAAUGCACGCCACCACAGCUCUCAAAAAGCCUAAUCGUCUCAAUCCAACCAGAAUCAGUCUGGUCUUCUAUCAACAUCGUAAUCUGAAUCGGGCGAGACACGGUUGGGACGAAUGGGAAGAGAAAAUGCGACUUCGCAAGUUGGGCGUUACCACCACCAAUACCGCUACCACCACGAAUUCAUCGACUAAUUCGCAACCACUGUCCACCCCAUCGACUCCAACCAGUCCAGCAAGCGCGACGAUCAGCGAGAAAUCCACUCCGCUCCCGUAUAUACCUAGUGUUCCUAGCUCUCAAUUCAUGAUGAGAUCGCCCACUUAUACGACAAUGACUUGGACCACACUUUUUCCCAUGCAUCCAUGCAUGAUAACUGGCCCAUAUCAGGAGGGAGGUGCCAUUGGAUGAGUGAUCGUCAGUAGGUACGGUUCCAGCCAUCGAUGACCAAGAACCGUGCCAAGAAUCGAUCGAGCAAUCUCGUCGGGCUGAUCGAGUGAAACAAAUGGGAUUCAGAUGGCGCGCGCAUCGCUUAGCCUAGCGACACCGUUGCGUGACGUGUCGUGCAACGUCAACGUGAAGAAGCUGAAUCGAAUCACGGGAACAAGGAAAACAUACAAGCAACAGGUAGUUAACAUUUCAUAAAGGGAUCAAAUAAGGAAAAUGACAAACCGUUAUUACGAGGAAAUUUCUAUCGUAAUUAUUAUAUCGUCAUUGUCCUAAAUGUGUUAUACUUGUUACUGAAAAAAAAAAAAAAAAAAAAACAAGAAGAAAAAGAAUAAGAAGAAAACAACACGUUUGCACUGCCAUUUUUCUAUUUCACGUUUUUUCGGAGAAUAUAAUAAACGUAUUAGACGGGAGGGGGCAAGGAGGAGCAAGAGAAAGAAUAAACGAUGAAGGGUUCGCAACACAGACGUUUCAUCACAGGAUUCAAUUCUAAUCGGGGCUUCCCUUUUUAUAUCGAUCUUUUACGCGAAUCAUGAUAGAACGUUGUGAGCGAACACAAAAAGAGCGUAAGAUCGGCAGAUAUAGCGCUGUAUAGUAUCCGACACGUUGUUCAAAGUUAAAAAUGAAAAAAGAAUUACGAGAAGCGACUAAUCGAAAGAGAUGUGUCAUGCGUUUAGAGAAACACUGAUCGCAAUCGAGGUAAUUGGAUUAAGAAUACAGCACACGUAAAACCGAUAGCGAUCGAUCAUGUUCGUUUAAUAGCCGAGAAACAAAACAAACUUUGAUACGUUAUACGAUUUAGGAUGGAAUGAAUGGAGAGUAAAAGUAUGAAAAA